CUACAAAGCAAUUAGCCACCGGCUGCCACCUACUGAUAUGGAAGAGUAUUACACGGUUACUCUGCCGAGCUCUAGACAGCACCGACACUCAACAACAACACAUCAUUUGCAGACUAUAAUAACUGGUUUGCAAAUAAUAUUUUCAACCCAAAUAGGUGAAAUUAGAUAAUCUCCCACGGCACACCAGACUGUAUCUCACUGCACACUAGUGUGGUUGAAAAACACUGUGGUAAGUGACUAUAGUAGCCGCAGCUGCUCCUGGGGUCGACUGAUGGUUUUAUGGGUGCCACCCCUGCAAAACUAGGUGCUGCCCCCGUGCCACCUCUGGGAAAAUAAAAAAAGUCUGGCUUAGGCUAAUAGACUCACAUUUGGACUAGCACAGGAACCGGAACCUUUUAUUCAAUCCGCUCAAAGUCUAAAGUGGGUGCGUACCUGUGGCGGUGUUUACCUUCGCCUCCUCCUCGGCUGCAGGAGAAACCCGUCUAUCGUCUUUCACACGGCCUCCCUUCCCCCCCCUUAGCACGUCCCACCGCCUGCCCCCGCUUCUCCUGCUCCGGUCCAAUCAGGUAAUGUUCACCUGAGAAGAUUUGCAUGCACCUAGCGCUUGCUGAUUGGCCAGGUGAAGGCAGCCUACCCAUUGGUUGUCUCUACCAAUGGCGACGAGGCUGUGUGUGACUCAUAGGGAGAGGACUGCUUUAGCUUCACCACACUUCUUCUCCUUUUUAUGCCGCUUACACUCAACCCUGGUUGGGUUUUUUUUUUUGUUAUUGUUGUUGUCUCUCGCCUCGUUUUACACUGUGAGAGGGUGCACACCUUGGAUUAUUAUUCCUAUUUUUUGUUUGUUUCUCCUCUUUUUCUCAUUGGUUAUUUGACUUUACACCAUGGAUCCCGUCACCUGCAUCCUGUUUGUUUGAGGUGUAGAUGCUCCAGGUGGAUCGGGAGACGGAUCAGGGCGACCCUUUGAGUCUCAUCUUGUGGUCUGGAAAGAGAAGAGAGGGGUCUGGCGAGACAGUGAGGCCUACUUGGUGCUGUGAACGCAGCUUUGGGCCUCUGUAGGGGGCGCUGUUUGUUUGGAGAAAGAGCCAGGAGGUGGCUGCCGCGAUACUUGGACUGCUUACUCCACCACCAUGACCACUGCGGUGCAGCCUAAUGAACUGAUGUUUGAAUUUGCCAGUAACGGGAUGGACGAAAUCAACCAGCUGGACGACCCGUCAGUGUUCCCCGCCGUCAUCGUGGAGCAGGUGCCCGCCACCGACCUGCUGCAGGUGUACUCGGGCCUGGAGUCGGACGAGGUGACCAACGGCAUCAUGAUGGACAACACUCUCCAAGUGGUGGAGGCGCCCUCCAUCCUGGUGGGAGGGGUGGACCUCUCAGAGACCGUUACAGGCGCAGAAGACCGCAUGGAGACAAACGAGGCCGCGGCGGCUCUGCUCAAUAUGGAGUCCCCAAACAACAUACUGGACGAGAAGCGCAUGCUUCACACCUACGGCGCCCUGCUGGAGUCAGACCUGGCCUACGUCCCCCUGAGGCCCGACCACAUGGAGAACGACGCCCUCGACAUGUCGCUGGACGAGGACACCUCAUCCAUGGACGAGAUUCCACAAAAAUGCACCUUGAAGCCGCAGAAGAAAUCCAAAGUGAGGAAGCCCCGAAUGGUGCGAUCCUGCUCCCCCAUCUCCAGCCCGAACCUGCCACUCAGGAAGAAGAGCAAAGAGGGCAAAGGUAACACCAUCUACCUGUGGGAAUUCCUCCUGGCCUUGCUGCAGGACAAGAACACGUGUCCCAAAUACAUCAAGUGGACUCAGCGGGAGAAAGGCAUCUUCAAGCUGGUGGACUCCAAAGCCGUGUCCAAACUUUGGGGCAAACACAAGAACAAGCCCGACAUGAACUACGAGACCAUGGGAAGAGCACUCAGGUAUUACUACCAGAGAGGCAUCCUGGCCAAAGUGGAGGGCCAGCGUCUGGUCUACCAGUUCAAGGAGAUGCCGGCUGACCUGAUAGUCAUCGAGGACGAGGACGCGGACGGUCACGAGUACGCCAACCAAAGGUCCACCAACGGGAGGUCUCACUCUGGCGGAGGCUCCAAAGGGCCCGGAAGAGCCCAAAGUCACCAGCAGGGGUCAGUGAAGCAGAUGAAGAAGGAGCCGGUUGAGGACUUCCUGCAGCAGGAAAUGGAGGCUGGACAGAAGGCGGAGCUUCUUCAGAUCCUCCAGGCCAACCAGGGCGUGGACGUGGCUCAGGCUAUGAGGGCCAUCAAUGCUUCCGCUUCCCUUCCCAUGGUGUUGACUUCCCCGACGUCCCUUCAAGCCAUGCCCCUCACCACCAUCCUCCCCAACGGCGACUCCGCCCGCUCCUCGCCGCCUCGACUCCUCCUCCACCCGGUGCACCCCAACCACAACGGCACCAACAACGACGUCCUCGCCCUACCGGAGGGCCUCCCCCAUCAGCUGCUGGUCGCCAACCUCGGCCCGUCCGCCGUCUCCUCGUGCGCCUCCGCCUGCGCGCCGGGGCUGCCCCGCCUGGUCACCAUCAACACCACCUGCGGGCAGACCAUGGUGGCGCAGCAGCCGGGCACCGUCAUCGCCACCGUGCUCAAACCGGGCGACUUCUGCGGGCUGCAGGUGAAAGAGGAGCUGCUGGACUCCAGCUACUUGCAGUCGAUGGUGAACAGCGACCCCUUCGCCAAGGACGAGGCGGACGAAGCGAAGCUGCAGUACCGGACGGUCAUCAUCGAUAGCAGCUACACCCAAGCGGGACAGGAGGCCUUCAAUGGACACUCCUCCCCUUGCGAGGGCCUCACCCCGGUGGAGGAGCUGGAGGUACGCGGGGAGAUGUCCCUGCAGCCCGAGCAGGCUCUCAAGGGCCUGCAGGAGCUGCCGGCAAACUUCAUCCAGAUAAAGACAGAGCCCGCCGAGGCCUGACACUCUUCUCAGGCACCAGCUGGACCAAAAAACAACAUUGUUGCUCCUCAAGGUUGCUCGCUCAGCCUCGGGACGGAAUCGUUUACUCACAUAUUUUUGUGAUCACGUGCCUAAAGAAAUAUAUCAAGGGAGGUUUGCUUUUGUUUUGUUUUUUUAACAAUGUCACAUUUCAGAUAAAGACAAAAAAAAAAAAAAUGGCUCCCAUAAGGAGAACAGCCAUCAAUGAAGCCUGUCCACCAAAUGUGCCAGUUAGUCUUUUUUAUUGAACCCUCAGAGGACUUAAAAGGUGAAUGGUCAAAAAAAAAAAAAAAAAACACAACCAAAAAAGGAGGGACUGAGGAAAACAAACGCCUUUUUUGGGACUCAUUUAUUUUCUUUUAACGCAGGGGUGUCCAAACUUUUUGACUUGGGGGCCGCAUUAAGAUAAAAAAUUUGGUCGGGGGCCGAAAGCCGACUGCAUGUAAAGUAACUAU